UUCUCUAGGGUUAGGGAUAGCGACGAGGGCUGGGGUUCUUCUCUUUCCGCCCGAAGCCAAUCUGGUCCUUUCGGGGUUGCGAGUUUGGUUUCGCGAGGGGCGCGCUGUUGUGCCCCGAUCGAUCACGGGCUCGAUUCUUGGUUGGAGCGGGAAGCAGGCGCCGGAGGUGGAGCGAUGAGGAGAUCGAAGCUGGAAUCGUCGAUUCCUGUGAGUCGGAAGAGGUUUGUGCAGUUCCUGCUCGGUGUAGGGCUGCUUUACCUCUCCUUCCUACUCCUCUGCGAGCUCCCUUUCGUAUCCCGCCGCUUCGCGCCUGGAGCCGGCGGGCUUAUCGGAAGCGACGUCGUCGCCCGCCGGGUCGCACUCGACAGCGAGGAGGAGAGCCAGGGGAAGUAUGCACCGGUUCGCCCCUUCAUAUUCCCUUAUCGGCAGGCGCAGUCCUCCCCCGCUCCCUUCCAGCGACGGCCGCCACCCGAUCGGCGGGGCCGUCGCUUGCCGGCCUUGUCUGGGUUGGCGCUGAUGGAGCUCAAUGCCAGCGGAAUUGGAGCCUUCUCGGAGCUCCACAAGUCGGCGAGGGACGCGUGGGAGGUGGGAAAGAGGUAUUUUGAGGAGCUGCAAGCUUCACCGGCGCCAUCUGCAGCGGCACCACUGCAAGAGAGCCGGGCAGAGGAGAGAUGCCCAAACUCGAUCAUGCUGUCGGGCGCAGAGUUCCAGGAGCGAGGGAGAGUAUUGGUGCUCCCCUGUGGGCUCACGUUGGGUUCCCAUAUUACUCUGGUGGCAAGGCCGCGCCGGGCGCACGCUGAAUAUGACCCAAAGAUUUCGUCUUUGAAGGAAGGUGAGCAGGCUAUUAUGGUGUCGCAGUUCAUGAUGGAGCUGCAGGGGCUCAAGACGGUGGAUGGUGAAGAUCCGCCUAGGAUCCUCCACUUCAACCCCCGAUUGAAGGGUGAUUGGAGCGGGAAACCGGUGAUUGAGCAGAAUACUUGCUAUCGCAUGCAGUGGGGAUCACCUCAGCGGUGUGAGGGCUGGAAGUCCAAGGCGGAUGAGGAGACUGUUGAUGGGCUGGUGAAGUGUGAAAAAUGGAUUCGUGAUGAUGAUAACCGGGUGGAGGAAUCUAAGAUGUCAUGGUGGUUCAGCCGUUUGAUUCGUCGAACAAAGGUCUCACUUGAUUGGCCAUAUCCAUUUGUAGAAGACAAGUUGUUUGUUCUAACGCUUAGUGCCGGUUUAGAAGGUUAUCAUGUGAAUGUUGAUGGGAAGCAUAUAACAUCCUUCCCUUAUCGCACUGGUUUUGUUCUGGAGGAUGCCACUGGACUGUCAUUGAAUGGUGACCUUGAUAUUGAUUCAAUAUAUGCUGCUUCAUUGCCCUCCACACAUCCUAGUUUUGCCCCACAACGGCAUCUAGAAUUGUCUGCUCAGUGGCAGGCUCCUCCAUUUACUGACGAGCCUGUCGAACUCUUUAUCGGCAUACUUUCUGCAGGAAACCAUUUUGCGGAACGCAUGGCUGUGAGAAAAUCAUGGAUGUCUGCAGUCAGGAGAUCGUCAAAUGUGGUAGCUCGGUUCUUUGUUGCUCUGCAUGGUCGAAAGGAGGUGAAUAUGGAGCUAAAGAAGGAGGCAGAGUUCUUUGGGGACAUUGUUAUAGUGCCUUUCAUGGAUAAUUAUGAUCUAGUUGUGCUGAAGACAAUUGCAAUAUGCGAAUAUGGGGUUCGAACAGUAUCUGCCAAGUAUAUAAUGAAGUGUGAUGAUGACACAUUUGUAAGACUCGACUCAGUUCUAAAGGAAGUAAAGAAAGUUCCAGCUGAUAAAAGCCUUUAUAUAGGGAAUAUUAAUUACUACCACAAGCCCUUGCGUUCUGGAAAGUGGGCAGUCACAUAUGAGGAAUGGCCAGAGGAGGAUUAUCCGCCUUAUGCUAAUGGUCCAGGCUAUGUUGUAUCAGCUGACAUUGCACAUUUUGUGAUUUCGGAGUUUGAGAAGCAUACACUAAGAUUAUUCAAGAUGGAAGAUGUGAGCAUGGGCAUGUGGACUGAGAGUUUCAACAAUAGGAAGCCUGUGGAGUAUGUCCACAACCUCAAGUUUUGCCAGUUCGGCUGCAUUAAUGAUUAUUACACGGCUCAUUACCAGUCUCCGAGACAGAUGAUGUGCAUGUGGGAGAAGUUACAGGCAGGAAAACCUCACUGUUGCAACAUGAGAUGAUACUGGUGCAAGUGGCAGCUCAGAAUCCAAUUUUGUAGCUAUAACAGGCCCCUUCUCGAGGGCCAUAAAAGGAGGGUUUCAUCUGAUUCAAACGCCCCUUCCAGAUUUGUUCAUUAUUUUAUUCUCUUUGUGUUGUGGGGAAGUGCUAUUCAGCUACUUCCUUGUACAUGUAAAAGAAAAGAAAAAGACGGAAAGAUUCUUGAGCUACAUUGUCCAAAUCUAUCUCUCUAGAGCGAGAUAAUAUAUGUAUGCUGAUGUUUCAUGUUGUGGAUCCAUAAAUCACUUUCUUUCCCAUUCUCAUUUUUC